AUGACUGAGAUUCCAAUUGAUGAGAUCGCUCUUGUGCCAACUGCGAGCACAAGUCACAACAAUACAGGCCGAGAAGGAGUUCAGGUGGUAGUGCGACAAGGCGAUUGUGCCUCUCGACGGAAACACCUUCUCACAAAGAUUCGUCGAUUCCCAUUUUGCUAUAUUUUGGUGCUCGCUUUGGGUAUUCUUCUUCUUCUCUCUAUUCUCAGCUGCAUUCUUUAUGAGACGUACAGAAAUGGAACCCUUAAUUUCGAGCAUGAACUCGUCGAACACAACAUCGAUGAUCGGGAGUAUCACAUGAAAAUCGUGAAUGAAGUGAAUAGCAAUCAGAAAUCGACCUGGAAAGCAAAAUACAAUCGAUUCGCCUCGAGAUCUCAAGAGAAUAAUUCAGAGGAUUUGGGAGAGGUCAGCAAGCUUUUAACGAAAAAGCAGAACCUCAGCGAUGAGGCUUUACUACAAGACACGAAGGAACACUUGGAGUCUUUGAUAAAAGCACCGUUGAAUUUGCCGAAAUCCUUCGACUCGCGACUUCAAUGGCCAAAAUGCGCGACGAUUCACGAGGCGCCGAAUCAAGGCGGUUGUGGGAGUUGCUGGUCCGUCUCAGCUGCUUCAACAAUGUCUGAUCGGCUUUGCAUUGCCACAAACGGGAGUGUUCAGGAACAGUUGUCCGCUCAGGAUCUCACCUCUUGUUGUCACAAUUGUGGAGGAUGUCAGGGCACUCACUGGGCACACUCUUCUUUCGUCUACUGGAAAGAACACGGGAUUGUGACUGGCGGUGACUAUGGCUCAUGGGAGGGUUGUCGUCCUUACGAGAUGCCACCAAAUUGCGGAUCCCCGUGCUCUUCCUCAACUUACACAAAAAAGCGCACUCCAAGUUGCUCACAAACUUGUCAAUCGCUUUACGGGAAAUCCUACUAUGAUGAUCUAUUCAAAUCCAGAAAAGCUUACUGGAUUUGGGCGGAGAGAGGUGGAUCGGAGAUGACCCCAAUCAUCCAUGAAACGAUUCAUUCGAUUCUGAAAAGUGAAUCGGGUACAGAUAUUAUCAAGCGCGAGAUUUUUUUGAACGGACCGAUUCUCGCGUGUUUCACUCUGUAUGAAGAUUUUCAGCAUUACGAUAGCGGAAUUUAUAAACCAAACCGACUAAAGUCAAAAGAAUUGUAUGGUCAUUGCGCAAAGCUGAUCGGUUGGGGUGAAGAGGCGGGUGUACAGUAUUGGACAUAUAUGAACACGUGGGGGAGGAAUUGGGGAGAAUAUGGAUUUUUCCGUAUCGAUCAAUCCGAAGUUCCCGAAGAGGCAGUUGCGGGCUUACUU